CCCACCAACCACAUUUUUUGUUCUCAUCAAAUCUCUUUAUUAUAGUGACCGAAUCUCCACUAAAUCGUUGAGAGAUACAAAGGGCUAUACACUUUAAUUUUUCUUAGAUUAUUCAAACAAUUAUGGUUGGUAGGUUCGACCAAACCCACCCUUCCCCUCCGGAGCAAGACGACUCCGACACCUCGCCGGAAAACAGCGCCGACUCCCCGGUUUCCGGCACCGAUCACGACACCAAGAUCACCAAGGUUUCAUUUCCCAAACGAAGGAAAUCUGCUCAGAAAAGAGUGACGUCAGUGACUAUUAACGACGGAGAAAUCAGCAUUCCGCCGGCGGAUUCUUGGGCGUGGAGGAAAUAUGGGCAAAAGCCUAUCAAAGGGUCUCCCCAUCCUAGAGGGUAUUAUAGAUGUAGUAGUUCAAAAGGGUGUCCGGCGAGGAAACAAGUGGAGAAGAGUCGAGCGGAUCCUAACGUGUUACUAGUAACCUAUUUUUGCGAGCACACCCACUCUCGGCCGGCCGCCAGAAACGCCGCCGUUACGGCACCAGACGCGGCGGUUUCCGACGAAUCAAAGCGGCGAAGAGCUACAAGCGACCAUUCCAGUCAAUCAGAAGGCGAUUCCGAGGAAAUGGUCGCCGCUAAAUGUCACGAAUCUCCCCUCGCCGCCGGCUAUGACGCCGAUUGGCUCUUGAAUUUCGAGCCUGCAACAUCGUUCGCCAUUCUUGACGAGAGUCCCGGGAUGACGCAAACUAAAGUUACGGACGCCGACGACGCGCCGCCGGAGGUUUUCCCAGACCGGGUAGAGGACGAAUCUCUUUUCGCCGAUCUCGGGGAGCUGCCGGAGUUUUCCAGGGGAUUCCGGCGAGGCUGGGGCGAGAGAUGACGCCGUGGUGUGUGGGACCACAUAAACAACGAAUGUGGGGCCCAAAACCUUGUCCUUAUUAUGCCCAACACAUAAUUUAGUACUCCCAAUAGCCAAUAGGGGUAUUUUAGAAAAGUGCAGUGCUUAACGUGCGCCAUAGGAUGGCUACCCAAAGAAUAGAAAAAGUAAGCAUUGGAAUUUCUAUUUUUUUUUUAUUUCUUUGGGAUUUUUCUUAGGUUUUAGUGUUGGCCGUUGGGGCAGUAAUAACAAUAACAAAGUCCAAUUGGAGGCAUUAUUUGGACUAAAUCUCAUUGUAAUUAACAAAAAAUAUUGCCCUUUUAAUUUGCAAUGGCUCCCAUUGGUAUAAUGGUGGGUCAUGGUUUUAUUUAGAAAGUUUAACCAUAUAUGUAUAUUUCUUAGCUAGUGAUAUGAAGAAAUAAAGUUCAAAUUUAUUUUUGGUACAUGGAUUAAUUGUAUGA